UUUUUGGAUGUCUUCCCAGACCCAGACAUGGCUUCCGCCAGCAGCCUGCUGUCCGAGGAUCAGUUCCUGUGCCCCAUCUGUCUAGACGUGUUCACCAGCCCAAUCACCACCCCGUGUGGACACAACUUCUGCAAGGACUGCAUACAUGGCUACUGGCAUAUCACCAGCCCGUGCCAGUGUCCCAUGUGUAAGCAGAAAUUCAGCAGAAGACCUGAGCUCAAAGUCAAUACUUUCAUAGCUGAGAUGGCCGAUCAGUUCAGAAGGUCAGUUGAAAUUAGGGCUACUGCUACUAGUACACAGUACCAACCCCAAGCAGCCCAACCUGGAGAGGUGCCCUGUGACGUCUGCACUGGGAGGAAAAUCAAGGCCUUGAAGUCCUGCCUGGAGUGUCUGGCCUCUUACUGUGAGACUCACCUAGAUCCUCACCAUAUACUGGCCACCUUCAAGAAACACAAUCUGAUUGAGCCUGUGAUUAACAUAGAGCACAGAGUGUGUAAGCGGCACCACAGAAUUGUGGAGCUGUUCUGUAGAAGUGACCAGACGUACAUGUGUCAGGUUUGCACUGAGAAAAGACAUAAGAAACACAAUGUUGUCCCUUUGGAGGAAGAAAGCAGAGAGAGGAGGGCUCAGCUGGGGAAUAUGGAAGAUGUAAUGCAGCAGAUGAUUCAGGGUCGACUGCAGAAAGUGAAGGAGAUCAAACACACAGUACAAUCAGGCAAAAUAAAUGCAGAGAGAGAGAUAAGGGAGAGCUUGCAGGUCUUCACUGCUCUGGUGCGCUCCAUUCAGAGAAGCCAGGCUGAGCUCAUUGAGGUGAUUGAAGAGAAGCAGAAGGCAGCAGGGAGUCGGGCUGAAGGGCUCAUUAAAGAGCUGGAGCAGGAAAUCACAGAGCUAAAGAGGAGAAGCACUGGGGUGAAGCAGCUCUCACUCACUGAGGACCACCUCCACCUCAUCCAUAGCUUCCCAUUCCUGUGCACCCCUCCACCUGCCAAGGACUGGUCCGACAUCAGAGUUCAAAGUGUUGUGUACGUAGGAACAGUGAGGAGAGCUGUGAGGAGAGCUGGAUCCCAGUUUGAGGAGACACUGAAGAAUGAAGUGAAAAGAUUAUGUGAAACAGAACUUACAAGAACUCAGCAAUGUGCCGUGGAUGUGACGCUUGACCCUGAUACAGCUCACCCUAAACUUAUCCUCUCUGACAACGGUAAACAAGUGGCCCACGGCAAUACAGCGCUGAACCUCCCUGACAACCCCGAGAGGUUUUACCCUGGUAUCAGUGUCCUGGGGAGGGAGGGCUUCUCCUCAGGGAGGUUCUACUACGAGGUGCAGGUGAAGGGGAAGACAGAGUGGGACAUAGGAGUGGGGAAAGAAUCUGUCAACAAGAAAGGAGGGAAUACCCUAAACCCUGAACAUGGCUACUGGACAGUAGGCCUGAGGAACAGGACUGAAUACUGGGCUCUGACGAGCCCUCCUGUCCCCCUGCCACUGGUCGAUAAGCCCCAGAGGGUGGGGGUGUACGUGGACUGGGACGGGGGGCAGGUGUCCUUUUACGAUGUGGAUUCCAGAUCUCAUAUCUACUCGUUCACCGGUUACAUCUUCGCAGAGAGACUCUAUGCAUACUUCAACCCCCCGAAAGAAUAACGGUGGGGUCAACUCAGCGCCGUUGGUGAUCUCUCCUGUCAGUGACGUUACCUCCUCACCUUAACCGUUCACCUAUCACCUCUUCUUAGAAUAGGACACCGAGUGUUGUGUCAGAUUUAUUUGUUAAAGAAGCUUGUGCCACAAUAUAUUUUCUCUAUCUCUUGUAUUGUGUGGUUGAUUUAAUAAAGAUAUAAUUCAUAUUAAUAAAGGUUCAUAAAAGUUGUCUGUUUCUGUGCCUUUGGGCUUGCAAAUUAGUAUGCAAUAUACUUAUGAGGCGAUACAAAAAAAAAGGUUUUGGGCAUACUCCAAUCAUUCCAGAAUGCAAAUGAUAGCAACU